CUCUCUGGUUCUUCCCUCACAACCUCCAAACUACUUUGUGCAACAAGAUCCAUGCAAACCUUUUGUAACUAAAGUUUGUUCUUUCUUUUUCUGUUUCUGGUGGGACUCUUUGUAAAGAGUUUGGACUGCGGGACCACCAGGAGACCACCAGCGGGACUUCUCUGCUGCAGGCAAGGACCAUGCUGACCGUGCACAACGUCUUGCUUCUGCUCUUCUUCUUGCUAAGCCUGGCCUGCUCCCUCAACCCCAGAGACCCCAAUGUGUGCAGUCUGUGGGAGAGCUUCACCACCUCAGUCAAGGAGUCGUACUCGCAUCCUUACGACCAUGUGACCGAGGAGCCCUGCUCGGACCCUGGGACCAACUACAGAUGCCCGCGUCACAGGAUCACCUACAAGAGCGCAUACAGGCAGGCGGUGAAGACGGACUACCGCAAGCGCUACCAGUGCUGCCCGGGCUACUACGAGAGCGCCAACACAUGUGUUGCUCGCUGCACCCAGGAGUGCGUCCACGGCCGCUGCGUGGCUCCAGACCGAUGUCAGUGCGAGGGAGGCUGGCGAGGCCACGACUGUUCAAGCGCCUGUGGCGACAAGCAGUGGGGUCCACGCUGCGGUCAGCAGUGCAAGUGCAAGAACGGCGCCCUCUGCGAUCCGGGCAAGGGGACGUGUCAGUGCCCGCCGGGCUACAUUGGGCGCUACUGCGAGAAAGCUUGUCCCGCCGGCACCUUCGGCAAGAACUGUGUGCAGAAGUGCAAGUGUGGGACGGGAGGAUUGUGCGAUAAAGCCAGCGGGGAGUGCUCGUGCCGCGACACUUUCACCGGCACCUUUUGUGAGAAGACGUGCUCCAGGAAGUGUCCAGCGCGAUGUCCCUGUCAGAAUGGAGGCAUCUGCAGGGGCAAAGGGGUGUGUGCAUGUCCUCCUGGAUGGACGGGUUCCGUCUGCACGGAGCCGUGUCCUGAGGGCCGCUACGGACCCAACUGUGCCCAGGAUUGUGUCUGCCACAAUGGAGGCAAAUGUCACCCUGAGACUGGACACUGCAAAUGUGCCAAAGGUUUUACUGGGAACAGGUGCAGCGAGGAGUGUGUGGUGGGCUCGUACGGCCAGGACUGCCAGGGCGUGUGCGACUGUGCUAACGGCGCUCGCUGCUACAACAUCGACGGAGGCUGCCUGUGCGAGCCCGGCUUCAGUGGCCCCAACUGCCAGGACAGGAUGUGCGCUCACGGCAAAUACGGCAUGCACUGCGAGCGCACCUGUCUCUGCCAGGACCAGCACACACUCAGCUGCCACCCGAUGAAAGGCGAGUGCACGUGCCAAGCAGGCUGGGCCGGGCUGUACUGCAACGAAACCUGCGCCCACGGUUUCUAUGGCAACGGCUGCCAAGAGCCUUGCCUGUGUGUCAAUGGCGGCGUGUGCGACGGUGCCAGCGGACAAUGCCAGUGUACACCUGGAUAUAAGGAAGUUCACUGCCAGAGUCCUUGUAAAAGCGGCACCUUCGGCAAAAACUGCUCUCUGGAAUGUUCCUGUAAGAACUUUGUGGACUGCUCGCCCAUUGAUGGGGCGUGUUUCUGCAAAGAAGGCUGGCGAGGACCAGACUGCUCGCUCCCCUGCUCGGAGGGAACAUGGGGCCCGGGCUGCAACGCCACCUGUCAGUGCGCCAACGGGGCCAAAUGCAGACCGACGGAUGGAUGGUGCACCUGCACGGCCGGCUGGCAGGGGGCGCACUGCGAGCAGUCAUGCCCGGUGGGUUGGUUUGGGCCCGGCUGCCUGAAGAGGUGCGACUGCGUCCACGCCGACGCUUGCCAAGCGACCACGGGGAAGUGCCAGUGCCUGCCAGGCUGGUGGGGCCCGCGCUGCAGUCAGCCAUGCUCAGAGGGCCUGUGGGGGCGCCACUGCAACCACACCUGCUCCAAGCACUGUCCCAACAGCGACAGGUGUGUGCGGGAAACAGGAGCGUGCGUGUGCGGUCCAGGCUACUGGGGGGUCAGCUGUCAGAACAAGUGCAGAGCCGGCACGUACGGCCAGCAGUGCAGCUCGCCCUGCCCGUCCUGCGGUGGGUCCUACCGCUGCCACCAUGUGAGCGGAGAGUGCGACUGCCUUGCCGGGUACACGGGCCACGACUGCCAUCAAGUUUGUCCACCUGGCUACUACGGCCAGCAGUGUUCCCAGGUGUGCCCGCGCUGCGCCAACAACGCCACCACGUGCCGGCACACAGACGGGCAGUGCCAGUGUCUGCCCGGCUGGACGGCCCCCGACUGCUCCAUACCUUGCAGUCCUGGGCGCUUUGGCACCUUCUGUUCUCAGACCUGCUCCUGUGCCGCCAACUUCCUGUGCCACCAGGUCACGGGGGACUGUCAACAAGACCCUCCAGAGCCAGGCAGUGUCAUGGUUCCUCUUCCUCCGGGCGAGAGGGAGUCGUGGGCGGCCAUCAGCGGCGUGGUGGCGCUGGUCAUCCUGGUGGUUCUGCUGCUGGUUCUGCUGCUGCUCUACCGGCGCCAGCAGAAGGUCAAGCAGAACAACACACCCACCGUCUCCUUCUCUGCCAGCCGCACCGUCAACUCGGAAUACGCCGUUCCAGAUGUUCCACACAGCUACCAUCACUACUACUCCAACCCCAGCUACCACACGCUGAGGGACAACCGGCCGCCGCUGCCUCACCUGCCCAACAACCAUGAUCGCACCAUCAAGAACACCAACGAGCAGCUGUUGUGCAGCGUGAAGAACAUGCAGCGAGAUGGCCACGCCCUCUUCAACGCCACGCUGCCUGCAGACUGGAAACACCAGCAGGAUCGCAAAGAACCAGGAGUGUUUGGAAUGGAUCGCAGCUACAGCUACAGCGCCAGCCUAGGCAAAUAUUUCCACAAAGAACUGAAGGAUGCGGCGAUGGCGAGCAGCAGCUCUCUGAACAGCGAGAAUCCUUACGCCACCAUCAAGGAGCUCCCAGAGAGCAGCUACAUGGAGAUGAAGGCGGCCGUGCCCAGAGAGCGAGCUUACACCGACAUUAGCCCAGCGCCUCUCUUCAACUCCGCCUCCUUGCACAGAAUGCGACAGAACUCUGUGGGCCACGCCCCCCUGGAAGACCCCCACAGUCACUACGACCUCCCCGUCAACAGCCACAUCCCUGGACACUACGACCUACCUCCCCUUCGCCGCCCCCCCCUCCCCCAGGAUGACGCCUCAGUGAUGUCACGGCAGAACUCCACACUUCCCCCAGGUGGAGGGCGGUAGGACUCCAUACUGCCCCCAGGUGGAGGGCGGUAGGACUCCAUACUGCCCCCUUGUGGAGGGCGGUAGGACUCCAUACUUACCCCAGGUGGAGGGCGGUAGAACUUCAUACUGCCCCCAGGUAGAGGGCGGUAGAACUUCACACUUCCCCCAGGUGGAGGGCGGUAGAACUUCACACUGCCCCCGGGUGGAGGGCGGUAGGACUCCAUACUGCCCCCAGGUGGAGGGCGGUAAAACUCCAUACGUUGUGGGCAAGAAAAAGAGGCUUGAAAGCUGUAAUGUUUUCAUUCACUUGAAAAAACAUGCUGUUAGCGUUCAUGUUAGCACAUUUACUUUGAUUUCUCUUCAGCUUCCCAAAGACUUCCAAGUCUAAUGUAAAUGUGUAAUUAUGACUUUUUCAACCAACUGUGGAUAUAUUUGUACAAGUACUUUGGAAGUCAUGCACUUUAGUUCAAAAACAAACCAAGACAGAACACAAGACAAUUAGUAACUAAUAUCAUAUCUGGCAGGGGCUGUUAUGUACUCAACUGCAGAGAAUGUCAGGCAUCUAUUAGGGGUUAGACGUUUUUAACCCCGCCUACAAUAAUCAUCACUAAAACCUACUUCUUGUCUCAACACUCGAGACCAAGGGUGUCUAAACUUCAUCCGCGAGGCCUGCAUACUGUCAGACAUUUUUGUAUUCGUAUAUUGUUUUGUGUAAAAAGGCUAGAAAAAGUUGUUUAAUUGUAUUCCUAUCAUGUAUAUUGUUUAGUUGUAUUCCUAUCAUGUAUAUUGUUUAGUUGUAUUCCUAUCAUGUAUAUUGUUGUAUUCUCAUCAUGUAUAUUGUUUAGUUGUAUUCCUAUCAUGUAUAUUGGAACAAACAUUAGCCUGUAAGUCGCACGCUAUACUUCCAAUUCAUCAGUUUGCUUUAGCAACUUUAUUUUCGCUAAAUGUUUAAACUUUGACUCUUUUUGAGUCAAAACAAUUAUUUGAGGGCAGCACGGUGGAACAGGGGUUAGUGCAUGUGCCUCACAAUACAAAGGUCCUGAAUUCAAUCCCGGGCUUGGGAUCUUUUUGUGUGGAGUUUGCAUGUUCUCCCCGUGACUGCGUGGGUUUUACUCCGGCUUCCUCCCACCUCCAAAGACAUGCACCUGGGGAUAGGCCCCUCCCACUUCCAAAGACAUGCACAUGGGGAUAGGCCCCUCCCACCUCCAAAGACAUGCACCUGGGGAUAGGCCCCUCCCACCUCCAAAGACAUGCACCUGGGGAUAGGUUGAUUGGCAACACUAAAUGGUCCCUAGUGUGUGAAUGUUGUCUGUCUGUGUUGGCCCUGUGAUGAGGUGGUGACUUGUCCAGGUUGUACCCCACCCUCCGCCCGAAUGCAGCUGAGAUAGGCUCCAGCACCCCCCGCGACCCCGAAAGGGACAAGCGGUAGAAAAUGGAUGGAUGUAUGGACAAUUAUUUGAGGAAAUACAGGAGAAAAAACAUCGUCUGUCCAAUGAAUCCUUCGCCUACUUGACUGUUGCUACGCCAAUCAAUGAAUCCUUCGCCUACUUGACUGUUGCUACGCCAAUCAAUGA